AAUCAUUCGAUGUCCCCUAGCCAAGUCACUCCUAACCAAUCAUUCAGUCGGUUUCAGUCCAGUCAGUCAUUCAUUGUCAUCGCGGGUAACGAGUUGUGUUUCUUUGCUUUUUUCCAAGGACUAUUUAACAUUUAUUUCUGUGUGAAAGUUGUUUCGAGUGCCUACGUGACUUUUUUGAAGGAGUUUAAUUGUUUGCCGCGUCAAGUUAAUAGUAUUUGUUUGUAAAAGAUGGCAGCUGAAGUGAGUGCACCAAAUAUGAUACCACAGUUGCAGUCUGUGCAAAAAGCCAUGGCUUUACCCACAGUUGGAGCAGCCGUGGGGCAAGUUGGAGCAUUUUACUACAAAGUUAAAGGUGCACAUUCGCUAUUGGAAUGGGCUUUGUCUACUGCUGAAGCAAGCGUAACGCUGGCAGCAACCACAGCAGCACCCUAUGUGGCAGCUCCCCUAGCUGUUGGUGAUGCUAAAAUAGCAGCUGCGAUUGAUGAACUGGAACGCAGAGUGCCCCUAGUGACUGAACAGCCCAAGGUCAUUGUUGAGACUACCAAACAAGCAGUCCUCUCUAGAAUCUCUCCACAUGUUAACAAGGUGUGUGCAGCCCGCUCCGUGGCCGGGCAACGCGUGCAUUCGCUCAAAGAGUUGUCAUGGGCCAAAGCUAACGCGCUGCUAUCGACAGCGUACGGACAGAAGGCGGUGCAAGGGUUGGACUCGGGCGCCACAUACGCCAUGCAGCUGCUCGACACCUACCUGCCGCCCGUGGGACCCCAGCCUGAGCCCACUGGCGAAGUGGUUCAGUCGUCGAAUGACCCGGCGAUGCACACGGUACAGACAGUGGGACGGCUUAGUGCUGUGGCAGCGCGCCGUGUAUGGGCCAACCUGGCCUGCAGAGUCAACCAGCUGCGCGCUUCAGGCGUGGAAUUGGACGUUCGUCGCUACGUGACGGCGUUGCUCGCGGCCCUCCACUUGGCCAAAGUGACCAGUGACCAGCAACGGGCAGAGGAACCGGCCCCCCCGGCGACCUCGCACGCGGACCCGGCCCCCCCCUCGCAGGGGACUAACCCCCCCGUCGACCGGACCACGGCCCCGACCACCACUAACAUACUCAAAUCUACCCCCGAAGCUAAAUCUGACAUAUCGGAAAAUGCUUAGUUAUUAAUAUCACUAUCAUAAACUUUAUUUUUUAUAAUGUUUAAAGUUUUAUAAGCCAUACUGCAGAUAUACAGGCUGUAUCUACUGUUAUGGACUUUAGACAUUAAGAUGUGUACCUAUCAUGUAAUCGAAGACUGUCAUACGAGUCUUAUGUAUGUUUUGAUGGAUUUUAAAGAUUUGUACUCGGAUAUUAUUUAAUCAUACAAUAGACAUAGCUUUGUAAGAGAUC